UUUGCUUCGUCUAUAGCUAAGGAAGGAGGGUUUCCCCGAGCCUGUCAGCGGAGAUGGAAACGGAGCAUAUUUUGGACGAUAGUCUUGAUUCUGUUGAGGCACCCAUGACGGUGAUCUAUGACAACAAUACCUCACCCAUGAGUGUCACCACCAGUGGUGGCAUCCGAGGGGAUGAUGGGGGCAGUGAUAAUGAAGAACAAGAGCCCAUGACCACCAUCCCCUUGACCCACUCUUCAAGUGGUGGGGUUGGGGGUGGAGGAGGGGGUAGGCGGAAAAAGGAGUCCACUGCACGGUACAACAAUGAGCGGGAGAUGUGCCUUCAGUGCUUCGAGAAGUGGAGUGAGCAGGACCAACUAGAGUUUAUGGAGCACCUCUUGUCCCGCAUGUGUCACUAUCAACAUGGCCACAUUAAUGCUUUUCUCAAACCUAUGCUACAGAGAGAUUUUAUCACACUCCUCCCAAAAAAAGGUCUUGAUCAUGUAGCAGAAAAAAUAUUAGGUUAUCUAGAUUUUAAGUCAUUAAGAGAAGCUGAGCUAGUAUGCAAAGAAUGGCACAGAGUUAUUGCUGAUGGUUUGCUGUGGAAGAAGCUAAUAGAGCGAAAGGUGCGCACAGACCCCUUGUGGAGAGGAUUGUCAGAACGGAAGGGAUGGGGCAUGUACCUGUUUAAGCCGAGGCCUGGUGAGCAGCAUCCAGGGCAUUCAUAUUACCGCAAACUCUACCCCAAAAUUAUACAGGAUAUUCAAACUAUAGAAGCAAACUGGAGAAUGGGAAGGCAUAAUCUACAAAGAAUAAAUUGUAGAUCAGAAAAUUCCAAAGGAGUCUACUGCUUACAGUAUGAUGACCAGAAAAUUGUAUCAGGCCUCCGAGACAACACAAUCAAAAUAUGGGACCGAACUUCCCUGCAGUGUUACAAGGUACGAGGGGUGUUGACAGGGCACACAGGCUCAGUGCUGUGUCUCCAGUAUGACGAGCGUGUGAUUAUAAGUGGAUCAUCUGAUUCCACGGUGAGAGUGUGGGAUGUAAACACUGGAGACAUGACCAACACACUCAUCCACCACUGUGAGGCCGUCCUGCACUUGCGCUUCAACAAUGGCAUGAUGGUCACCUGUUCCAAGGAUCGAUCCAUAGCUGUAUGGGACAUGGUGUCACCCACAGAAAUUAACCUAAGACGUGUGCUAGUAGGCCAUCGAGCAGCUGUAAAUGUUGUUGACUUUGAUGAGAAAUAUAUUGUGAGUGCAUCAGGAGACAGAACAAUCAAGGUAUGGAGUACAGGCACAUGUGAGUUUGUGCGAACACUUAAUGGACACAAAAGAGGCAUUGCUUGCCUGCAGUACCGUGACAGACUAGUAGUUAGUGGGUCUUCAGACAACACCAUAAGGUUAUGGGACAUAGAAUGUGGUGCCUGCUUAAGAAUACUGGAGGGUCACGAGGAGUUGGUUCGUUGCAUAAGAUUUGAUAACAAGAGGAUAGUUUCAGGAGCAUAUGAUGGAAAAAUCAAGGUGUGGGAUCUUCAAGCUGCAUUGGAUCCUCGAGCUCCUGCUGGUACUCUUUGUCUACGGACUCUAGUGGAACAUUCAGGAAGAGUGUUUCGCCUGCAGUUUGAUGAGUUCCAAAUAGUAUCAUCCUCACAUGAUGAUACCAUUCUCAUUUGGGACUUCCUUAACUGUUCCCCCUCAGACUCCACUGGGCCAGCUGGGGGUCGGUGCAGCUCCCCCUCCGUCGACACAAGCUAAUGGAUUGGUGAUAUAGCACUAUGUUUUGUGUUCAACUGAUGCUGUCGUCAGAAUAUUUUGCAUCCUGAAAUGCUGCUGCAGCUGUAACCAAUACCCGAGUGAUGGAAACUCGAGUGUCAGAACAAUUGAAAGUGCCAGUGUAGUGUCUCUUGUGAAGGAUACACUUGUACACACUGAAAUAGGUGAACAAGUGUAAAGUGUACAUAUGGCACCUGUGGCCCGGGCCCGUCCAUACAGCUGUGGUGUGAUAGGCAGACUAGAUGACUUGGUGCAUUGCCAGGCAGGAGAUAGUGUACCAAUUUUGUUAUUGUUCUUGUGCCCCUUGCCUUUAUUACGAACUGGUGUUAAAGUACUCUCAAAUCUAAGCUGCAUAUCUGUGACUACACUGAAAUUAUUAUUUUUUAUUCUAUUAUUAUUGUUUUUAAUUUUUCAGUUUUCAUUAAAAAUGAGCUACUAAUAGAUCACUUGAAAUUUGGACAAAACUGGCACAUAAGUGGAAGUGCUUCAGUAUCAGUGCUAUGCUGAAAAUGAGGGAUCAUAUUACCUGGCAACUAAUAUUAAUGGAAUCAGAAACCAAUUGAUUGUGAUAGCCAGAUUGUCUUAUUAAAGAAAUAUGUGAUCUCAUGAAAUCUGUGCACUGUAUAUUCUGCAGUCAAAGAUAGUCUUAGAUAAGUUUUCUUUUGUGUUAUUCAGCUGUCUGUCAGUGACAGGAGGCUCAGUUAUAAAGUUGUGCAAUAUAUUUGUUGAAAAUUACUAUAAACCUGGAGAUUUUGAAUACAAACCAAAAAAUCUUAGACUUUUAUCAGCUAAUCUUGAAAGUGAGAAGAGGGGGAGCAUGGUGGCCAAAUGUGCAAAAUAACUUACCUUUGGCAUUGAAGUUCUGGGAGUGAUAGUUUGAAGACUAGUUACCAGCUUAGGAUGCUUAGGGCAUCCUAAACUCCAUAAGGUUCAUUCUUAUACCACUGGGAGUGUGACUAAUAAUGACUCAUUGAAUAGGAUCUUUUAUUUAUGGGAGUGCUAAUUCAAACAUUUCUGUGAUUGUCAUAAAGUAAUUACCAUAAGGUGACCUUGAAAUUGAAUGUGUAGACGCAAGUUGUGCAGCCAACAUUUGGAAUAUGUUUACAUGUACUAUUAUUUUGCAAUAAUAACUUGCUCAUGGGUUAGUGACCAGACUGAUUACUUUCUUUAAUUAAAAAGUUUACUAUGACAAGGGAUGCCCCUUGUUCCUGACAGAAUAUGUGAUGAAAAAUAUUGCUUAUAUCCUGAUGCUUGGGGUUAUUUCUGCUUUUUCUUAUAUUUUGUUUUUGUCAUUCAAGGCUCUCACUCAUUGUAAUGGUGGAGAACGCAUUUCAUUAAGCAUAUAUGUAUAUAUUCAUACAUACAUACAUACAUAUAGAUAUAUAUAGAAGAGAGAGAGAGAGAGCAUGAUGAAUGUAUGUGAUGUGAAUGGUGAGGACAGGUUGUGGGUAGAUGUGGGCUGGCUAGGGCAAGAUGCUGUUAACUUUUGAUCCUGAAUAUGUUUUAUGGUUUGAUUGUUGCUACAUGUUUGUGAGUUACUCAUAGACUUCCAGGCAUGAGCAGAUUUUGCUGUUUACUCACAUAUAUAAAUAUAUAUCAUAAACAUUUUUAUAACAAAAAUUUACACAAAUUAACUUGUCUGUGCCUUGUUUUCCAAGCAGUUUACUUUGCAAAUUGUAGUAAUGCAAGUACAAAAUACUUAUCCUUUGUUCUUAGUCAUCUAUCUAUGUAACAGGUUGAUGUCUCUUUAAAUAGGGUAAUCAUAAAAGAUUUCUGGUGAAACUUUUGUGUUGAAUGAAAAAUAUGGUCAUAAAUCAACUACACAUUUACAUACAAUAGCAUGCAUAUGGUGCAUUAUGGUAAAAAUAUUAUUCAAGUUUUGUAUAAUCAGUCAUCAAAGUUAAAGUUACACUACGUUCCCUUUAACAGAACUAAUUAAGGAGUAAAAUGUGAAGUGCAGAAACUGAAAAAAAUGAGUAGCAAGUAAUUGGAAGAGUUUCCAAUUUUUAAAAUGCCUUGGAUUUUACUAUAUUGUAUUGCUAUUACUAUUGCAUGAACAAUAUUUCAAAUUUCUUGUUGUAGAAGCAUAACUUACUGCAACAACUGUGUAUUAUAAACCAAAGAUUGUUGGAGGCAUCAUGAAAACCCAAUCAAAGAUGGAUGUUUUUGGCAGUUACAGUCCUAUAGAUUGCCUUUUGUAUCUUUCAUAAUAAUUUACCUGUUAUUGGUCUGAUUAAUCUUUGUCCCUCAUGUCACAGAUACAGUUGUGACCUUUAACAAAUUCAUUGCAUUCAAGACCUCAUUGUUUACGAUAUCUUCAUACACUUGUGAUCAGGGGUGGUUUGUUCUAGCACAAUACUUCUUGACAAACAUAGCCCGUUAAAUAUUAAAAAAAUAAAUAAAUAAAUAAAAAAUAAAAAAAGAAUAAAAUGUCUAGGAAAAACAUUUGAAUUGUUCUGGGAUGUGUUGAAGAAAACAUUAUCCAAAGAAACCUAUUUGUAUAAGUAAGCCUUCCCUUGCAGUGUGUUCAUGUCUUUUCAUUGUAUAGUGAUUGAUAUAUUAGUUUUUAUUAAAAUUAAUCAAAAUCUAAACUAAGGUGAGUUUAAAAUGUGUUAGCAGAUCAAGUAUUAAAAUGCUUGUCAGUGAUACAGUGGCAGUGAUUAUCAUAAAAGAACUACACAGGCAAACUUUGAUUUAUUAUUGGGUUGCUUUCGUAGAAAAUUUAUGGUUUAUUUAUAUCAAACAAUCACAUAACAAAGUUAACUAGUUUGUGUCAUUCAUGAUAGUCCUCUGAAGGCAAGGGAUAUUAUUAGCAAAAGGUCCUCUUUGAAUCCAAAGGCCUUUACUCAUAUAUCGUGAUUAGAGAUAGAAAGUGGAUCGUUAGGGCUUGCUAUGCUGGCAGGAGAGAUGGUGGUAUGGGUGAUUGGAUCAGUAUUGGAAGGAAUAUUAGACUGACCCGCAAAAUUAGAGGUGGGUUUGAAAAAGUUGGAGAUAAUGGUUUUGCUUGGUCAUUUGUUUUUAGUUUCAGUAAUCUGAUAAAACGUGAUGGUAUGCUUCCACAUAUCUCUUAAACAGGAACAGAUCCUCCCAAGUAGAUAAAAUGAUCAUUAGAGGUGGGUAGGGGUUUGCAUUAUCAAAUCUGAUCUUCUAUGUUGUACAUUAUUAGCUCUUGUUGCAGAGCAAGCAUUUUAGCCAUGGUAGUAGUGCUGGUUUCUCUUGGCUCCACUUUUGCACUGUUCUUAGUAAAUAUAUAUAUAUAUAUAUAUAUAUAUAUAUAUAUAUAUAUAUAUAUAUAUAUAUAUAUAUAUAUAUAUAUAUAUAUAUAUACAGUAUAUAUACUGUAUAUAGACAACCGGCACAAGCUAAGGAGUUUGUAUCCUCUCAUGGUUGAGAUCUUAAUUAAGUCACUUUCUAAAUUAAGACAUAAUCAUCUCCAUUAGAAGUUACGGGAUGUUUAGCAGAUAUUGUGGACAUAGUACAAUAAAAAUAGAAGAUGCAGAAAAUUGAAAUUCUGGAUAUUGUGUGAUGAUACUGAGAGAGCAUGAGAAAGAUUGUGCAGCUUAAGUAAUGUGGCAAUUGUUCACCCAAGUAAUUGUAAGAAUGAGCCAGAAUGAUCAUGGACAGAGUAAGGGAUAUUAAAGAAGGACCAUUACAACAGUAAAAUAUUGUGAAUAUGAUUGUCAUAAAGCAGGGUUUGUUUGUACAUACUUGAAAAAUAGUAUAGCACAGCUAAUGUGUUUAUUCUUGGCUGGGGCCCUCUGUCUGGUUUUCUGUGAGCAAUUGGAAAAGGACAACCUUCUACAAAAUUUUGUGCUAGAAUGUGAAAGAAACAGGAGGAAUAAUGCAAAAAUAAGUCCUAGUGGAUGCACCAAUGUCUGUCAAUUCAGAAGAUUGUUAGAACAUGUCAGAUAUGGAAAUAUUCAUAGUCACUAGUUUUAAUUAAUUUAAUAUGUAGUAGUAAACAUAUCAUGAUCAACCAUUGGCUAGUUUUUAUUCAUAUGUUUCAUCACAAGAUUGUAAUAAUGACUAUUGUCAAAAUUUGCUGGGUUAUUCCCUUAAAAAAGCAAAAGUCUUACUUAAAAGGCCACCAUAAAGUGAAUGGACAUAAUUGAUCAAGACAAUCAAAUUAUAAAGUGUCAAACUAAUUGAAUUUGUUUUUUCAUAUGGAAGAAAAUUGGUUGAUUUGAUUAAUCUGUAUAGAUUUCUACUAAGUGUUUUUUUUCACAUUACAGUGUUUUGCUAAAAGGAUUUGAUACUCUUGUGAAAUUACCAAGAUAUUUUUGUCCAUUGUUUAGUGAAUGUAAUGUGAGAUGUGAUCAUUUUAGGAUCUGCAGUUGGUCACAGCAGGCUUGAUCAUUAUUUCUGGUGGUUUUCAGUGUUAGUUUUUCAGACAUUCAUCAAUGUUGGCUCUUUAACUUAAAUUUAUGUAGCUACAGCUUUGUUUAGUGUGGGUUUUACUAGUGGCAAACAAAUAUAAUAAGAUAAUUACUCUGUGGAGAUAGGCCAUGAAAUCAAGAAAAGAAGUGAGUUUGGGUUAGUAGAGUUGUCAAUGUAAGAGUACAUUAUCGGAAUUAAAGAUAACAAACCUGUACUUAGGAAGAGCUCUGGCUAUCUCCAGAAGAUGAUGACAGAACACACUACAUCAUUUUAUGAAUUCAUGUGACAGCAAGUGAAAGAAGAAUCUGAGGUGUCUGGUUAAUUUUCUGUGAGAAUGGUGAGCAAACCACUGAUGACUCCUAACAGAUAAAUUAGAAAAUGGUUGGUUGGAAGGGAUGACACAAAACCAGCUGUGAUGAAUAGUCAUGAGCAACUUGAUCUUUGUUUAGCAGCUUAUGGGAUAUUCAGAGCUGCCAUGUAGGUGCCAAAAACAUUGCCUUGUGUAUAAGCUACAAGAAUGAAUUUAACAGAUUUGUUCUUGUACCUUGAUACUUUCACCAGGGUGUUUAGUUUUUUGGCAAUAAACAUGUGUCCAUCCAUAAUUCACAAUAUGCAAGUGAGGCACAUUGGUUAUUUAUUUACUGGGUUAUGUCCCCCUGAUUCUUUUCCUCUGUGAAUACUGACAAGUUUUCCAUGGGGCGAUUAAUAGUGAAAAAAAGUAAAUUUGGCUUUAAAAACUUUAAUAUUAACUGCUUGAAAGCAUCCAUUCUGCUUUUGUCAUCUGCCUGAUAGAAUCACAUCCUUCUAUUUUUACUAUUAGUUAUUUAUCAAGAACAUUUAUGAUGCCAGAUAACUUUGAAAAGAGGAAUCUUUUUCAGGACUGUCUAAUGGCAGCUUUGUGAAUCUGAAAAUGCUUUAACAGUUGUGACAUCACAUGAUUUAAAGGACUGCAGAUCUGUGGAGAUAUUUUUAGCUUUUAUGUGUGCUGUUAUUUUCCUUAUAAUGGGUAUUUCCUAUAGUAUGCACUUUACAGAUUGCUUUCUUAAUAGUGUAUAAGUGUUGUAUCAAAGCUGCCAACUCUGGUAAUGAUAUUGGAGCAUUUGCUUAAAAUUGGGAACAUAAUUUUUUUUAUAUUAUGCUAUUUGUCAUCAGAAUGUUGGAAAAAAAAAGUAUCUUCAAUUCAUUUCUGAAAAUAUAUGGAAUGUAAAGGUCAUCAGGAAUCUAUUGUAAUGCAUCAUAUGCUAGCAAUCAGAAAUUGAUUAAAAAUCCGCACUGAUGAACUAAAGAUUUAACUAAAAGCUUGUAUUUUUACAAGAAGGAAAAUGUAAGGACUUGUGUAACUUUUUCCUUACAUUGAUGUUACUGACCAAUCAAUUAACCAUUUAAAUUGAGUAUGAAUUGACCCAUGGAAUUUUUAUUCAUUGUUUAGCAGUUUGGUACUCUUAGUGAUACUUAGAUGUAAUGAAGCAAGUAAUAAUAGCAGUUACCAUGGGACCAACUUUGACUUGUUGCAUAUUGCUCUACUGAAAUUUGUUAAAAAAGGACUUUUGAGUUUGUUAAAAAAGUAAAAAAUGU